GGUUUCCCAUUGCCUUUUUCUGGGUUUUUUUUAAACUUAGUAUGAUCUAUUAACUCUAAAAUUUCUGGUAGUCUCCCAUUCAAAUAUUAACAAGGCCUGAAUCUGCUUAUUUUUUUUUUUCAAAAUCAGUCAUCGAAAAUGGAAGCCAGCAUUUAUCAGAGUAUCCAUAUUUGCAUCAAGAGUUAGCCAGAGUCUGCUUGAUGUCCCGUGACCAGCAGUUUGCAAGAAUGGAUUAGUGGCUGAAAAUUGUUUCACUGAAAUGAAAGAAUAUAAGGAUGGUGUUCUGGUUCUAUAAUCCAGCAGUUAAGUAAUCCAAAAAAGGAAAUGCUUAGGACCUGAUAAAUAAUGAUUUUCUGAUAACAGAAUCAGAUCAUGGCAAUUAUUACUCCAGACACAAUCAUUCCCCUGUUUGGUGAUGGCAUCUGUGGCAUAACACCGAGAGCAGGAUCAAUUGUUGCUGGUGUGUACAUGAUCUUAAUGACCAAUAUGUAUCUUAUCUUUGAGUUUCAACACCUAAGCCUUACAUUAAUUAAACUGGCAAAGAUUAAAAUGAAAGGCUUAACCUGGAUUAUUCCAUAUUGCUAUUAUACAGCGAUAGUUUUGGCUUUUAUAACUUAUCCUGUAUGUUUCUAUUAUUUAUAUUGUAUCUAUAAGAGAAAAGCUAUAGGUCUUUAUGUAUACUUUGCUUGGAUAAUAUUUUAUGAUGCAGCCAACGUAGUCAUUGUAAUCUUGACUAGCCGCGCUGGACACCUACAUGCAUUUUCCAUCAGUCCUUUAGAAUGGUUUGGAUUGGCCAGUAGGAUUCCCGUGGAUUGUUUUUGGCUUUGUUUUAUUAUAACGUAUAUUAUGUUGCUUUUUGAAGGAAAACGUGUAGGGAGGAUGUCAAUGAGACAAAGGAGAACAUCUAGAUAUAUUACUGAACCUCCUAAGUUUAGACUUGGUGUAAGUGCCAAGAGACUUCAGUGAUAGCUAUCAAAAUAUUUCUUAUGCAAUUAUGAACAUCAGGCCUGCACAAUACUUGGCAUAACAAAAAAUGGGCAAUUAAUAUAUUCAUAUAUGUUAGCUAUCCAAUACCUUUGCCUAUUCAGAACAAUGAAAUUAGGGUGAUUGUCAGAAACAUGGGAGGCCAUAAUAUAUACUAAGUUCAGAACCAAUAUAUGUAUAUACCAAGUAAUGCUUCACA